AUGAAGACUCAUCGUCUCAACUUGAUGAAGCAGAUAAAACGUGAAUUGGGAUGUAAAAAGCUCUAUGGAACCCUGAUCCGUAGAACCCCGUUUUGGCAUUGGGGGCGGGAAACGAGGGAUUUCAAGAUCGAGGUUGGAUUCGGGUUUGGGGGAAAUAGAAGAAUUAUGGGGUGGAGGAUGCUAUUUUUGCCCUCAUUUGGUCCUGUUGACAUCCCUAAGAUAACUUUAACAAGAAAAGAAGUUGAAGACAACCAACUACUUGCCGAAAUAUGCUCUCAGACAGUUGCAAACAGUGGCGGAGGCAGCCACUUUAAGUGGGGUGCAUGGCCCCACUUGGAGCUAAACAUUUAUACAACACUCGAUAACUACUGUUCAUCCGUCAAGAGAUUUGUGCAUUCAGAACUCUAUGAAGGGUUGAAGGUGGAGGAAUGUCGUCGAUCAUCAACCGAAGUGGAAGAAAGUCGUAUUGUUGAAUGGCAAAGUAGAAAGAAAAGCAAGAGGAUAUUACUAAAGACGACAUUCAGCAAAUUCACUAAUGAAGAAUCCAAUCCAUUGCUUAUUGAUAUUGAAGAUGAAGACAAUCAAGGAAACGAAAUAGUACAACCUCGGAUUAGAAGAGAAGGACAAAAGAAGUGUUCAACACCUAAGAAGAAAACUAAAAAACAAAGUGGUGGUGAUGAUGAUUAA